AACUGACUGGCCUGACCUGAGGAAGAGGAUAAAGAACACCCCGAAAUGCCACUCCUGCUGCUCCCACCAGCGGCGUGCACCACGGCAGCGACCGCGCCGGCGUCUCUCGCGUUCUCGCGGCCUCGGUCGUCACGGGCGCGUUGGUCCAGCCUCUCUUUCGCGUUCCCCCGCCUGAGGAAAUACGGGCGCCGCCAACGCGAGCCCGUGGCCGCCCCCAGCCUCGAUGACGACGAGGACGAGGAGGAGACGGGGGCAGGGGAGUGGGAGUCCGACGAAGGUGAGGAAGAGAUGGAGGUAGACGAGGAGGAGUUUCUGGCGACGCGGCCCAAGCCGGCGGGAUUUGGUGAGGGGAAAACGUAUUCCACUGACAUUGAGGAGCAGCUUCUCCGGGAGAUGGGCUUCGGCGGUGGCAGCGAGCGGCGUCGAGGAGAGGCGGCCCCGGCCAGUCGCCGCGCCGGGGAUAGUUCCACCAAAGUAAUGGCCGCAGAUGCCAGUGACGAUGGUGUUCAAGUUCGUGUCUGGAACCUUCCAAAAAAGAAAAACAUACACAAGGAUCUGAAGCAAGCUUUUAAAGGGUUCCGUGGCCUUUUAUCUAUAGAACCAGCAGUUUCCGCAAAUAAGAAAACUCGUGAUCCUAUCUGUAAGGGUUUCGCAUAUCUCAAACUAGAGUCUGCGGAAGCUGCAACAAGGUUCGUUGAGAUAUACUCUCAUCAAACUGUGUCAUUUGGGAAGGUUCAGAAGCCAAUCAGUUGCUGUAUCGUCGAUAAAGGCAGCUCUGUUGAGCCUUCAAAGCAUCCAGUAGUCAGGCAACCCCUCAACCAAUGUUGAAGCACCAAAAAUUGGUAGCGGCGAGUUAAGUAACACAUGUAUCUGUCAUCUAGCACAAGUGGUCACGCACACUUCUAGAGGUCGCAAGUUUUCUGAAAAAGCUUUGAUAAACAGAUUAGAUUAGAUAGUCCUCUGUAUUCCAAACAAUUGCUUUGUACGUAUCAAGCAAUUUGGUCUUGUUACCCAUCUAUAUAGGCAAUAGUAUUGGCAUUUGCGCAUCAGCGAUUUUCCACUGAA